AUGCAAGAUGGUUUGGCUUAUGAAGUAGAGGUCGAUCUCCGCAUUAUUGGAUGUGAAAUGAUCCAAACUGCUGGGAUUCUUCUGAAACUACCUCAGGUUGCGAUGGCGACAGGUCAAAUGCUGUUCCAAAGAUUUUACUACUCGAAGUCGUUUGUUAAACACAACAUGGAGGUAGUAGCAAUGGCUUGUAUGAACCUGGCAUCGAAAAUUGAGGAAUGUCCUCGAAGGAUUCGGGAUACAAUAAAUGUCUUCCAUCAUAUAAAGCAACUACGAAGUGGAAACUCUAAAUGGAGUGGGAAUGAUGAUACCUGGCUGUUCCUGUGUGACACCGUGGACUAUUCAUUCUAUGUUAUCAAAGCUGAACGACGAGUAUUAAAGGAACUAGGAUUUUGUGUGCAUUUCAAGUAUCCGCACAAGAUGAUUGUCAUGUACCUACAAGUGUUGGAGUGUGAACGCAAUCAAAAGCUUGUGCAGUGUGCCUGCUGA